AUGAAUGACGGUCGCAAUGCUGUGUCUAAUCGUGGGGUGCUCCAUGCGGAGGCCAGUGCGAACACCUACUCUGUGAACAACGCGACGCCUCCCGUACCUCACAAACCAACGACUCCAGCCAAGACGCGAACCACACAAUCGCCGAAACCGAAACCAUUGUCACUACAAAUAGAUGGCUUGAACGUCGUUAUCCCCGCUCCCGGCGAGGGUAACUCGAACCCAGCCUAUAUCGAAUCCUCGGAGCGCGGCAGCGAUACAUCGGGCGAUGGCCGACGACUAGACCUUUCCGCUAGCACCGUCACAGACUCUCUUUCCAGCUUUCCUUCCUCGGCCAAUGGUAAUAGCCAGUCGACAGAGUUCGGUAACUCUCAUACAUUGAAUGGACAUACAUCGAUACCGUGGGUGGAUCCGGAGUUAUUGGAAUCCCAACUCGCCCCGCACAUACAGCCGGUCAAUGGAGGCGCCUCAGUAGAUCGAUGGCAACCCUCGUUAUCGCCGAUCAAAGCCGGCAAUGUUUCUAUAUCACCGCCACCAUCGCCAAAGCAUUCGCGCACAAGGUCGAACUUUGAUGCUCGCUUGGCCCCAGGCCAGAAACGAACAGCCGCCGGCGACUUCAAAUCCACUUUAGAUCCCCCCACAGCUCACAGCGCCGACGCGAAUGGAGCUGCACGACAACGUUCAAAGAGUACGGGCUCGUCAGCUCAUGGGAGUAGGAUUGCACAGUUGUCGGUCCAUAUCCGUACACGUCUAUCAUACGCGGCUGCCAAAGUAGAGCAGGCCCGACAGUCGCGUGAAGCCACCCCUCAAACCGCACUGCGCACACGCAACAUGCCAUUGAGCCCGAGUGACAAAGCAUCAUUACCGGCAGGAAACUCCACGCAUUUUUUACAAGAUUCCCAAACAUCAUCCAACGGAAAUUCCCGUUAUUUCCCGAGCCAUAACCGCUCGCGAUCAGCAUACUCAUCUAAUCAAUUCCUUCCAAUCCCCAAGCUAGCACCGCCUGUGGAUAUCAUUGCAUCAAAUGGUCAUAACCAGCGCCGUCGUCCCAGCCCUAACGCAAUCUCCAACCCUUCCAACCGCAGCCCUAUCUCCCACCAUCGACGUCACCAUUCGCACCAAGAGAACGGACUCACCCCACCACUCAACGGCCAAGCGGUCCUAGGGCCAGGAACGCCCUCGCUCUCAUCAUCCCACACACACGCACCACCCACACCGAACGCGUUCUACAGACUCCGCACCCAAUCCCAAAACACACUCAUGGAACAAGACGCAAUUGAAACCCUGAUGUUCAUGUCCAGUCCCGAGAACUCGGGUUAUCGUUUCAGCCCUCGCCCGCUGCAACCAACGAGCACGCAAAGCAGCCAGAACGAAUCGGUCCACGCUUCCAGCAACGGAGCUCACCCCGAUGGAAGUCAGGGCUCCCAAAGUUCCGAAUCUCACAAUGGUCGUGGGCUAGAAAGGAAACCGGGACUGGAAGCUCAUGCUGGAGAUGAUAUUGAUCGCCUUUUGGAUCAGAUGGAUAGUGAUAGCGAUGAUGAAGAUCGGUAUGCAUCGUAUCGCUCUGGGAUAAAUGGUGCACAUCCAUUUAGAGGGCAUCAACGCCCGAGGUAG